AUGGCGACUUCAAAAAGCGCGAACACUUACAAUCGACAAAACUGGGAAAAUGCGGUAAGAAAAUGCAUUGUUUGUACCUCUCAAUCUGAUGAUACAUAUACUUUGCCAUCACUCUUUAUAUGUGUCAUGUUAAAUCCAAAUGAUUCCUUUUGGUGUGGAUCAAUUUUCGUAUGGACACAUUGUUCGCGUGCACAGAAAGCUUAAAGCUUUUGCAUGAGACGACACUAUCUACAUAUACAUCUACAUCUACCGUAAACUUUUCUUGCAAACCGUUAACCCCGUUAUGAACUUGCCCAUAUUCUGAGUAACAGAGCUGUUAUUUUAAGAGUGAGGAGACGGGACUGUACUAACGGCAAACAGAUUAGACUGCUCAUCUUUUUCAUGAAGGCCACUUAAAAUUUCUGUAGCCAGUUCCAGGACAGGCGUUUUCGCUCGCAUUUAUUUACCCACGCUCACUAUCUGAACGCCUGGAACACUAAGAAGGCUUGGCUUUUGACGAAUCACGUCAACUCUCGAUGUCAUUUUUGCUGCAUUAGUAAGAUUAAGUAAAUUGCUGCAUCAGUUUACCUAAGUAUUUAACGUACAUUUUAAGUUGUCUUUCUAAAGAAACACUUGUAAUGUUUCUAUCUAGUUUGGCGCAUGAUAAGUAAUGGUAACAGGACUGAGUGGAGUCCAAUUCGGUCUGUAAUCAUACGAGUGAUUAACAAAAUCGGACGACCGCGUAGUGGGAGUCCGAUUUGUUUAAUCACGAGUAUGAUUACAGACUGAAUUGGACGACACGAAGUUCUGUUACCAAUUAAUCAUAACUUUAACAAAAUUUGUGAUACAAUAGGCUAUUUUUUAAACCAAAACACAAGAAAUUCGAAAUUUUGUUUUGCUAGCAGUGAAAAAAAAAGCCACUUAAGCGCACGCGUGAUGGCGCGUACUGUCCAAUUACUUAGGCAUGACGCGUACUGUCCUUUUAAACUGUCCAAUUAAGGCUGAAAUCAGGGCAGUUGAGAGCCAAUCAGAUUUGACAAUUUUGUUAUAGUUAUGAUUAUAAUAAUAAUAAUAUCCUUGCUUUACCCUUGGCAGUAUUUAUAGCACUGAUGCUAGUGGGGCCAAAUAAUAAUAAACAAAUAUUUCAAAUGAAACUUACAGUACAGGCCACGUGCAUUGCAGCUCUACACACUGUUUCAUGCAUGGAAAUCUGCCAUAUUGCAUGCAAAUUCCAUGGAAAAAACACACACAAAACACUUGUGUAAAAACAUACACGCAAAUUAGGAAAAUUUGGGUGUAAAAUUUUAUGCACAGAUUCUUACAAUUUACAUUUAUUCAGUUUACUUGAGUUCUUACAUUAUAGAGUGUCUGCUAGCUGAGUGAGUGCAGUUGUACUUGUGCGGUUGGCUUUGUUAGCGUGUAAAUCAGUCUUUCGAAUAGGGUUAAGAAUACCAACUGGCCGAAGGUAAAUCAGUUGGUUUUUUGCAAAGGUGGUUGAGGAUUUAAACUAGGGACUUCCGAGAACAAAUCCAGCGAGAGGUGAAGGUGGGAAUUGAACUAGGAGCACUAUAACCACUCAACCACGCUGCCUCCAAACAGCUGUACCAAACAAAGUUACAGUCAAGCUGCCCGAGAUUUAAGUUUCCUAAAGUUUAUUUGGAGCCAUGCAAGGUUUCUUAGUCACUGCACUUCUGCAUUCCUAUUUCAACUGUUUUCUUUACAGCUUUGUUUGUUUUUGGCAUUUGGGUGAUAUGGCUCUGAGAAAACCUUUGGGUGACUUUACUGGUUACAUGUGUCUUUUAAGUAUAAAUAUGUACUCUUCAUUUAGCCCGCUUUAUAUUACAGGUUAUUUUGUACAGCCUGUCUCUUAAACCUUAUGCUUGUGGUAGGGCUGGUGGUCUAUUAGGAAUGCUGCAUUAUUUUUCUAAAUAUUGUUGACUGGUUAGAUUAAUGGCUGCAUUUCCUACCUGAUUAACAGUCAGGUUUUUAAAAAUGAUGAAGGGGAAGCGGCUGCCCUUGUUUCAGAUCAAAGAAAUAAAUGCUCAAUAGUGCUGUGUAAAAGUUCUCCCACUUAAGUUUUAUUUCAGUGGUGAUGCUAGACUAGACUAUUUUUCCACAGAUUAAAAAGUUAGACUGACAGAUCAUCUCCCAGUCUUGUUUGGUAUUGAAGAGUAAAAAAAGUGUGGUCUUUUUGAGAGUGAAAGUGUUAAUAUAGUGUUGACGUUAUGACAGAUAAGCUCUAAUACUUGCUUUAACAAAUCACAACUGGAGAAGCAUGCAUAACUCCACUCACUUUUACCACAUGUGGUCUUAGUUACAGUAGAAUUCGACCCAGUUUUGAACCUCUUAGAGAAAUGGAAAUUUGUUAGAAAAAGGAGGAUUUCAAUUACCAUGGCAUUAUUUUAUGAAGCUAUAGACAACAGCGGUAAAGUGCUCUUGCAUGUCAACAUAUGUGUUACAUGUCAAAUUAUAUCCAGUUUAAAAUUUCUUAACCUUGGUUGAUUCUCAAUUUCCUUUGUCAUCUACCAGACAAAAAAUCGGGGUUAAUAUUAUUGUUCCUGAUUGAAGCAAAAUCAAGUGAAAAGUCUCUUGAUUUUUGAAAAAUCAGGAGUUAAGAAAAAUUGAGUUUUUAGAAAAUCAGGAUCCCACUGUGUUGUCAGAACUGUAAAUCACGUGCAUGUUGUUGUUAACUUUUUAUCUCAGGUAAUUGUUAUUUUUCCUUUGUUUCAACUUCAUCAGCAUACAUUACCAUACCCAAAAAUUUGAUGCAAAAAACUUAUCUUGUUGUAUUUCUACAAAAGACUUACUUGGUGCUUGGAUGGUUGCAUCUACGAAAUGCUGUAAUGUGACUGCACGAUGUCGUUAUGAGUCAUACAUGCUUGUCAUAGUUUGACUAUGUGACUGCGUGAUGCAGUUCUAAUCAAAGACCCGCAUUUCACCCUUGCUCUCCAAGGAGUGAGCAUCCGACUAGAUCAUGGAGGGUCGUUGGUUCUAAUCCCAUCGGGGGCUCGGAUUUUUUUCCCAGUUUCCAUUUGAUGCAAAAAACAUAUCAUGUUCUACAAAAACAAAAGAAAAACAAUAAUUACCAGAGAUAAAAAAUUAACUCUAACAUUCACAUCAACAUGAAAUCUAAACUGGAACUAAAACUCAUGGAAGCAGAGCUGCAUAAUUAUUGGGAUAAUCUGUAAAAGAUCAUAACAGUGAGCAUUACACUAACAUUCCUUUUUGUUUGUUCAGUUUCCUUUUUAUCUUACUACUAAUUUAAAAAAAAUGUUUUUUUCUAUUGUUCUCAUUCCAGGAAUUUCCCAUUCUUUGUCAAACAUGCCUUGGAGACAACCCUUACGUCAGAAUGGUAAUCUUUAUCUUUUUUUAGCUUCUAGUGAAUAAGUGAAUAAAGUUUACCUCUAAUGUAUGUAUCUACAUAUGCAUGUAUGUAUUUUCUGAACUGGUUAGAAUUUAUUUUUCUAGAGUUCUCAGUGUGUAUGUAUCUACAAGAUAAUAAAAUAUUGCAGAUAUAUACACAACUAAAGUAAUCAUGAAGCCUGAAAAAAAUUCAGACUUUAACAAGUUUUGAACACAUGACCCUGCAGUACAGUAAAAACCCACGAGUAAGAACCUAAGAUUUAAGAACCUGUUGGGCUAAAAUGUGCAAUUUACCUGUUUGGGCUAACCCUGGAAAAUGUAGGUUCUUACUUAUUUGUUUUUGUUUUUUACUGUAUCGGUGCAGUAUGCUAAGAAACUGAGCUAUUAGGUCAGUUGGGAGUGGGUCAUUAUUUGGAUUUGUAAUGGGGUGACUACUAUACUCAAUAAAGUUCAAAUAUUAUUAAUUUAUUAGUCUCAUAAGUUUUCAACGUUUAAUGUGUCAUCACUAUUUACCAGCAUGAUUAUUGUAAUAAUAUUAUGGCGACAAUCAUCAUGCUAUUGUAAAGUAGAUCUAUAUCUAGCAGUAACUAUUCAAAUGUUUGAUAGGUGGGUCAUACAAGGAGGCUGGCUGUGGGUGGGCGUGGCAAAUACAGUAGGGUUUGGGUUAGACAUUGGAAUUCACACAAGCUUUAUAAAACCGGCAAUUGCUUAAUCUUGUGAAAACACAAUAUCACAGGUUAAAAUCAAAAUUGUAUCAAAACAUUAUUAAAACAGAGGCCUUUAAAAUUCAGUUAGUAAAAGACUUACUGGUUAUUCUGUUUGUAUUAUCUCCUCAACAGACAAAGGAGACAUAUGGGAGAGAAUGUAAGGUAAGGUUCUUAAGCAAUAUGUUAAUAAUUAUCCCGCGAGGGGAGGUGAAUAGUGGUGGGUAUAUAUACCAAGACGUGAAACGUCAAGGUAUAUAUCUAGCGUUUUCACCGACCCUGUGGGGGAUAGUUGUUUUAGUAUUUACCAAAUCAGUGUGAUAAAACGGAAAAAAAGGAACAUUUUGUAAAUUAAAACCAUCACUAAGUGGGAACUUUGUUUACAAUUUACAAACAUUUCCGAUGAUAAUUUGGACUGUCAAUUUUUACUGCCAGUUAUUUGGUUAUGGUGCAGUUUUUUGUCAUCAAUAAAUGUAAUGAUGAAACUACAAACUAUUAUUAUAAUUUUUUUUUUUAACUUUCAUUUAGAUCUGUGUACGACCAUUCACAGUGUUUCGUUGGUGUCCUGGUGCACGUAUGAGAUUUAAGAAAACAGAAAUUUGCCAGACUUGUUCAAAAUUAAAGAAUGUUUGCCAGACCUGUCUGCUGGAUCUUGAAUAUGGUAAGUUUGAAUGCCGAGAAUGGAACCUACACAGUUUGUGAAAAGAAACCAUGUUUUUGCUGUGUGUUACCUGAGGUUUUCAAUAUACAACUAUGUUUUAAGGGUGUCUUAGGUCAAUAGUAUAAAGAAAAUUCAAAAUUACUUUUUUACAGCAAAAUGCAUUGUAUCACGCUGUGUGUUUUCCUAAAGUUGAAGGAAUUUUGACUUUUUCUGUUUUGUCAAACAUCUUAGCUGACCUCUUAGGAAACACAUGGUUUGGUUUCUUUCUGUAUGUUAUUGUAUUUCUUUCUUUUUGUAACAUGUAAUUUUCUUUAAUAUCACGUUUUGUCUAAUGUUUUGUCCCACCUGGAUUAGCAUGAUAGCCAUUUACGGGACGUACAGCAGACUGUAAAACUUUGCCGUUUGUUCGUUUGUUGAUAAAUACCUUGUUGUUUGUUGUUUGUUGUUUGCACUUCAGAAUAAAUUAUUGUGGCUGGGAGUUGUGGGGUCUGACAUGAAAUUUGCAUGGUUUUUCUUCAAGAUUUUUAAAAGAUUGAUAUCCUCUUAGCUUAAUAUGAUUUUUUUUUCAUUUCAAGGUUUGCCUGUUCAAGUGCGAGAUCAUGCCCUUGGCAUGAAAGAUGAUGUUCCAAAAUCUGAUGUUAACAAAGAAUACUAUACUCAGAAUGUGGAAAAAGAGGUUUGUGUUUUCAACAACAAAAACACUAAUCUUCAUUUGUACUCUCUCUUGCCUUAUAAGAAAAUUUAAGAGUGAAAAUAUUGAAAAUAAAGCACUGGCUGCCUGGAAUAACCAUAGGUGAUCCUCUUGGUUAGCAUAUCAACAAAAAAUAAUACAGAAAUUUGCCAUUAUUCAGAAAAUGCUCUUCUUUUGGUAGCAUAAAUCCACUAUUAAGCCCCUUGGGGGGCUUAUCUAUCUGAAACAGGUUUGAAGGAGGAUUGUUUGAAAGUUUGCGAUCAUGCUGCUUUCAAAUGACCAGAAGGCGGUAUCAGUUAUCCAUAAAGACCUAGAAUGUUGUGUUUAUGAAGUCAGUCAUUUAUUUAUUUGGUUGUGGAAAAUAAGAGCUUAACUUCUCCUGAAAAAGUAGGGCUUAUUAACGACUAAUAGAGGACUUAUGGUACAUACUUAUUAGCUCCUGUGAUCGCUUGAAAGUGCUAAAUCAAUGAGUAAAGCAACAGCUUUCUAUAGGCAUGAUGUUCAGAGUUGCACCUCAGUGUCUACCAAAUAAAUCAUGGUCAUAGUUUAAUAAUCACCCUACAAAGUUACCUCUUUUCUGCCGCUUUUCCUUUUUGACCAAUCCAAAAUUUUGAGUAUUUAGCACCUCUUCCUCUUUUUAAAGACAUUAUUAAGAUCAUGGACAUCAGUAAAUUUCAUUUUGUUUUGAUUCUGUGAAAUCUCCAGGAUUUUGUGCUACAAGUCUGGUUGCUGUUUUAGGGUUGUGACCCUGAUUGUCCAAUUGAUAGAGAUUUAUCCAAUAAACAGUGAUGUACAUGUGUCCACUCUGUGAAAAGUUGGGUCCACUGUGAAGUAGUCUGAAAAAGUAGCCACCAUUUCAUGAUGCCGCCGCAAGUUUCCCUGCAAAAUGACGUGUGAGGAACAAGUGCAGAAAUUACAUACUGAUGAUGUUUCACUUCCCAGAUUUAAGUACUGCUUCUGCACAACCAUUCUGAAGUUCAUUGUACUUUCCAGAUCUGGUUAGUGAGACCUCAUUAGUAUGGAAUUCCUGCGCUUAUUCCAUAUAUUGGGAAACCAUUGAUGGUGUUGCAAUGUCGGCUGUUUUCUCAGCCUAACCAACUGUGUACAACUUUAGAACUAAACUUUGCAUUUUGUACCACAGUUGGCCAACUCAGAUGGGACAACACCUGGUGGAACACUUGGAAAAGCCAAUGCUCCAAGUGACUUGUUACUUAAACUUGCCAGGACCACCCCCUACUACAAAAGGAACAGACCACAUAUCUGUUCUUUUUGGGUGAAGGGAGAGUGCAAGCGAGGGGAUGAAUGCCCUUACAGGUAUGGUAUAGUGUGUUUUUGGAUGUUUUCAGAUUUACACAUGGUUCGUACAAUCUUGAAAAGGUCUUGAAUUUUACUAGUCGUCAUUAAAAGUCCUUGAAUUCGGUUUAGGUCCUUAAAAAGUACUUGAUUUCUUUAUUAGGUCUUGAAAAGUCCUUGAAAUUCACAACCUUAUCUACGCCAGACACCCUUUUCAGUAAAGUUAGAUUAUUUUGCUGAGAAAAAUUUUGGCUCAUCCUCGAUGCAAGAACCGGGUAACGUAAAAACAUUUUGUGCAUGAACAAUACUUUAUUUUUGUUUCUUUAUUUGAAAUGCUACUUCUAUACAUCAAGCUACCUCAGAUGCAAUAAAUUGCAAGUCAUACCCAGUCAUUUUGCAAAGUCUUGUUGUGGAAAGUAGUAUAAAAUAAUGUGAUCAACAGUGGCCAAAGUAAAAAUUGUAAAUGACUCCAUGACGUGCUUUAGCCAAUAGGGUAAUCAAAGGGGGUUAAAGAAUGCCGAUUUAUUAGAUAAAUCUUAGUCCUUAAAAACUGUAAUUUGUCCUUGAAAAAUCCUUGAAAAGUCCUUGAAAUUUGUUUUUCUGAAGUUGUACGAACCAUGUUUACAGCAACAGUGGAGUUCAAAAGAAUAUAGGUACAGAGUGAAAAAACCUAGACUGUUCACAGUCCUCUAUUUUUCCUUAAGAUCAUCGAGAUUGAGAGCUUUGCGUUACGGGCUGCCAUUGCAUGAGUGUCAAAACUACUUAGUGAGGGGGGGGGGACGGUUUGGGAGGAAGUGAGAAAAAUAGAGGGACUGUAAUAACAUCACUGCAGCUCACGUUCAGGAGGUGUGACAGGAAUUUCACGCCUUUUACCAUUCAUUAAUUAAGAAACUCCGCUGGUGAUUAAAAACAUGCCAGACACAUUUAGCAACAGUGAUUUUAUAAUGUUUCUGGGCCAUUCCUCGAAAUAAAAUCGGCAAACAUGCACAAGAAGACAUUUUCCUAAUCAAAAUACCAAAAAUCCUCCAUGUGUUUGUGCAAGAUGUGCCUUAUGGUAUGAAAGCGUACGUUCAAUGGAAACAUCGACUUGUCAACGACUUGUCAAUGUCGGCAACUGAAACUAAACCCGUUGUCAAUGCAAAUUAACAUCUAUUGUCUAAUGACCAAUCAAACGCCUGCAUUGCUGGUACAACGUGCUCCGUGAACGCGAGCUGCAGUGAUGUUAUUACAGUCCCUCUGUUUAUCUCGGCCCCACAACCCCCCUCCCCCGACACCGGCCCCCUUGGUACAUUUGAAAAUCAAGUUAACCGUGACGGUAAGACACGGUAUAUCUAAACGAUCUCACGAAAAAAUAGGGGACGGUGAACAGACUAGAAAAAACCUUCCUGUUACAUAGGAUUCUGCUUCUGAUGACAAUUUUUGGAUAGGCUUUGGGUUCAUCCCUUUAUCUCCCCACUCCCCCUAACAGUGUUGGGAAUCCCAAACACCCAUUUCCCCCAAAUUCAACAUUGUUAGGGGUGGCGGGCAGGUUGCCAGUUUUACUAAUAUCACUGGGAAGUUCCCAACACUUUUGACCUCCAGUGAAGUUGUUGUCAGCUUAUGAGAAGGUAGAGGAAUUUAGCUCUGCUCUCUUUUACUAUUUUAGAGUUAGUUACUUUAUGUAUUACAUUCCAUUAACUUAUUGUUUAAUUCAUUUUUAAUAGCUUUUUGUCAUAUUUAUUCAUUAAAUUUAUUAUCAUUGAUUUUUUACAUUAUGUUUUAAAUUAAAUUUUAAUGUGUUUGUUGUAAAUAAAUUAUUCUGAAUUUCUGAAACACCGUAAGGUCCUUAAUUGGAGUUGACCAACAGGUACUCUACAAACACUAGGCCACCAUCUGUUAUUUGCUUGCAGACAUGACAUGCCCACAGAUCCUAAUGACCCAUUAGCAGAUCAGAACAUAAAAGACAGAUACUAUGGAGUCAGUGAUCCUGUGGCUUCACGACUACUAAGCCAGGCUUCUAGCAUGCCAUCUUUAGAACCUCCCUCUGACAAGUCAAUCACCACACUUUAUGUUGGAGGACUGGAAGGAAAGGUGGAAGAGGGGGAUUUAAGGUGGGUUUUUAAUACAUAACCCAUAAACUAAUACCUGUAGAAAAUGUUAAUCGAAAGGUAUUGAGUUGCUUGGAUAACAUAGAUAAUAAACUAGUCUUGUCCAUUAAUCUUCCAUGAAAGUUUGCCAAUAAUUUGUUUGGCUUACUUGACCAAUGCUUUAAUUGGGGAGGGUUGCAGAAGAGAGGCUAGCCUGUUUUUUGCGUUUUCAAAUUACCCUGAACUCUCUCUUAAUAACUAGAAUAAUGGGUUCUGCCAGUCGUUAGUCUGUUUGAUCUGACGUUGCUUCAGAGCUUGUACUGAGCUUCUCCUUAGUGUAUAUCCAAGAAGUUUUUUUAAUAUUCUUCCUUUUUGUUCCUUUUUGAUUGUUUAAGAUACUAUGUACAAUCUUGGCAAAAUGAAUGGCCCGGCCUAAUGUUAAUUAAGACACAAAGUUUAUUGAAUAUUGAGCUCAGUAAAAACUCAGCAACGUAUUAUGACAUUUACUAGCUAACAUUGAUUAAACAUCCUUUCAUUUAUAUUUUCUUCCUAAAUAUAACAGCAAACCCUGUUAAUGCAACAACUGUUGGACAAUGAAAUUUUGUUCAUAAAAAUGAGAUGGCUGUAAUAAAUUGUGAUAAAGUUUUCAGAAAAGAAAAUGAUUGAGACUGUUGUUUAAGCUUGGUUCAAAUUAAUGUGGUCAUAAUAUUCUGGUGGUCCUAAGGUGGGUUUUAACUAAGGUAAUAACCUUAACCAUUAUUUUGUGCUCAUUGUGACGUCUGUAUUCCAGGGACUAUUUCUAUCAAUUUGGUGAACUGCGAUCAAUAACAAUGGUACCAAGACAAAACUGUGCUUUUGUCUGCUUUACAUCUCGACCUGCAGCUGAAACAGCAGCAGAGCGCUCCUUUAACAAACUGAUUCUCAAAGGAAGAAGGCUUAAAAUUAUGUGGGGCAAAUCUCAGGGACAGCAACCCACCCCAGGAAAACAGGGAGGCACCCCUCUGGCUCCAGUGCCAGGAUUACCUGGAGGUUAGUUUUGAUAUUAAUAUUUUUAUUUGACAGGGAUGAUUCAAAUUUUGUCUUUGUCUUGUGCUCAUCUUGCAAUGAAGUUUGAAGUAUUCAACUUGCUAGGAUGAUCAUUCCAGAAUUUAUGCUUAGAACACUUAUAAAAGUUAUUGGUGGUACUAUUUUUAGAAUUCUGAGGGCAUUGUAGCCUGCAGAGCAGGCAUUUUUUAACGAAAACUCGGAGGUACAUUGAUCGUGGCCGCCAUCUUGAAAAGCAACCAAAAAGACUAAGGGGGAGGCGUGGUGGAAGGGGGGAGGGGUCAGGUGGAGAGAGGAGAAAAUUAUAUUAAAGUAUUUUUUCCUCCCCUCCCCUCCCCCCCUAUUUUAAACCCAUCUACCUCUCCCUUAAAAACACUUUUUGACUCGUCCCAACUCUCUGGUAGUAUUAACGUCCAAGAUGGCGGCACAACGUCACUCCUGAAAACAAUUCAUGGAUCCCGCCCCAAAAUACGCCUGCUUUGCAGAUAGCCACAAAUACAUUAGAAUUUUUUAAUAUAAAUGUGUAGCAUUAACUAAAUGGUAAAUACUUUUUCGUUAGUUCAGUGUGUUCAAUAACCACACAAUAAUUCAAUAACCGCACCAGUAUUCAAUGACCACCAAUUUGUUCCUUGUGCGUAGACUACAUGCGGCUGUGGGAAUUCUAAUGAACUUUUCGUCCGCCAUGUUUUUACAGAGGAAGCAGCAUGCGCACUAGGCAAGAAUCGAGUAUGCUGACCGAGACGUUGAGCCUUUUACCCGUACCAAAUCAUAAUUUCACAUCAUUUAGCACGGUAGAAAAAAGAACUUGUAAAUGAGUAAUCAGUACUAUUUUUUUGGUACGCGUACCACUUUCAUCCAAGCCGCACCAAAAAUUUUCUGCCAUGUAAAUGGGGCAUAAAAUGCAGCUUCAUUUCUUGAGAUUUAAGGGCACUAAUCAACUGUGUUAUUUCUUUAGUCACGGACAAAUUUAAAAAUGACUGAAAACUUGUCUAAUGUAAGUUACAAGAGUAGGUUAUAUGUUUCCUAACUCCUGUUCAUGGUUUUUUUUUUUCAGCUCUUCCCCCACCCCCAACAGAAGACAAAACUCAAACAAACUUCUUCAACCUUGGAACAUCUUCGUCAGCACCACCGUCAGGGCCACCUCCCAUUCCACUCACAUUACCACCACCCCCUGGGCAGGUUCCAGGCAUGCCCCCUCCUCCCCCCAUAGGGCACCCUUUGCCACCUCCCCCACCAGGGGGAUUCCCACCUCCUCCC